AUGAAACAAGACACUCAGUUCUCUUUUAAGAACCUGCUACUGGCAAUAGUCAGUUUCUUUUUUUUCCUGCUAGACGUUGCGUUGGAUAUGUAUGCUAUCUAUUCUUUUUAUCAGGAGGAGGCCUAUGUCAGUCUGGGUGUGUUGAUAUUUGUGUUAGUGGGAUCCUCAGUUGUGCUGCAGCUAUUCAGCUGGAUGUGGUACACGAAGGAUUCACAGAUGUUCGAGGGACGCGUGUAUAACUUUGCGAAGAACCACUCCUUGAUUGGGAUAUUGCAUGUGCUUCAGCUGGGCAUCUUUCUCAGGUACGCAAGUCUAGUGGAAAUCUCAAUCGUCCGUUUCUGGGAAAGAAUCAGUUUCCCUCAGGCUGCUGCUAAAAAACAGAACCAUGAUUUAUUGACCCUGCGUUUGUUUGAAACGUUCACCGAGAAUAUUCCACAGCUCUGCCUCAUGGUCUCCACUGUCUUCAUAAAAAAAGAACUAGAGCUCUUCACAGCCCUGAAGAUUGCUGGGUCAUUUAUCGCUGUCACCAUAAGCACUUUGAUGUUCCACCGUGGGAUGUGUGCCUUACAUUGCAAUGAACACAAUAUGGGCUGGGGCAGCUCUGUGAUCUACUCGCUUUGGAGUCUACUCUUGAUCUUAGCCCGAGUGACUGCUUUAGCUCUGUUUGCCUCUGUCCUGCCCAUCUUCGUUGUUGCCCACUUCCUGACGCUCUGGAUGUCAUUUAUAUUCUGGGUCUGGAGAGAAAAGACUAAGUUCAUGGACGGCCCAGGAGGAGAGUGGCUCUAUCGAGCCACCGUUGGACUAAUCUGGUACUUUAGCUGGUUGAACGUGACCAGAGAGAGCGCCAAACCCAACAGUGUCAUCUAUCACGUGGUCAUAAUAAUGGACACUGGGCUGCUGGUUGGAAUGUGGUGGUGGAAGAUGGUGUGUGAAGGUCUGAUGUUCAUAAAACCACUCAUCGUGGUCUCUGCGGUGGUUUCAUUUUAUCUUGUUGGACUGGCCUUUGAAAUGGUUUACUAUAAGUGGCUCCACUGCACAUUUGAAGUAGAUCUUCCUGAGCCAACAGAGGGCAGACACAGAACAGAAAUCAUACAAGCAGCAUGUUUAGAAGAGCGCCAACCGGAGAUAUAUUGA